AUGACGAAGACACUUUGCGUACGGUUACAUGCUGGAGGGUAUUGGACAGCUGAUGGGUCGUAUAAUGGUGGUGAAACAAGAUGUUGCAGAAUUGAUUUUGAAAACCCAAGCUUAAAGAUGCUCUCACAUAUGUUGUCGAGUGGUGGAUUUCCAGAGAAUAUGAGUAAGCUCUCUUACUUUCCAUAUGGGGUUGUUGAUCAGAAUCGAAAGGAUAUAUGCUCUGAUAUUGAUGUUGCUGAAAUGUUGAGCUUCUCAUCUGAUCUGGAAAGCAUGAAUCUUUAUGUUGUAAGGGCAGAUGAUCCGUACUUAGACGAUGUUCUUAUCGGAGGAGAUGAAGAGGAAGAGGAACCGGAGAGAGAUGGUGAAUGGGCAGAUUUUUACAGAGAUGAUUAUGUUGAUAGUGAUGAUUAUGAUGAUGAUGGAGGUGAGAUUGAGUUUUAUGUGGGGCAGUCAUUUGUUUCAAAGUCCAAGUGUAGAGAGGCCAUAGAGAAGUAUGCGAUAGGAGAGAAGGUUAAUAUCCAUUUUCAGAGAUCCGAAAAGAAGAAAAUAGCAGUCGAAUGUGUUGCUGAGAACUGUGAGUGGAGGUUAUAUGCUUCUAUAAAUAGCAGGUCUGAUAAUAUGGUGGUUAGAUCUUACAGAGGAAACCACAGUUGUUAUCCUACAGAAGUUGUCGAUCUUUACACUGCACCGAAGAUAGCUGCUGAUUUUCUGAACGAGUUUAGGACUAAUCCGAAUCUGAAAGUUGCGCAUAUAAUGCAGAGGUUGGCGCUCAAGGGGCUUCGGGUUCCCAAGACUAAAUGUCAGAGUGCAAGACAAAUGAUGUUGCACAUCAUAAGUGAUGAGUAUGCUGAGCAGUUUACAAGGAUGUAUGACUAUGUUGAAGAACUAAGGAAGACAAAUCCUGGUUCAACAGUCAUUUUAGGUACAAAAGAGAGAGUGUUCGAAAAUUUUUACACUUGCUUUCAAGCGCAGAAGAAUGGUUGGAAGAGUGCAUGUCGCCGUAUAAUACACUUAGAUGGAACAUUUUUGAAAGGCCGCAUGAAAGGGCAAUUACUUACUGCUGUGGGAAGGGAUCCUAACAACCAAAUGUAUAUCAUUGCUUGGGCUAUCGUGCCAGUGGAGAAUAAAGUUUAUUGGGAGUGGUUUAUGGAGCUGUUGCGAGAGGAUUUAAGUUUGGAGCUUGGAAAUGCUCUAGCGUUGUCUUCUGAUCAGCAAAAAGGAUUGAUUUAUGCCAUCAAGACUGUGCUCCCAUAUGCAGAACACAGAAUGUGUGCUAGACAUAUUUUUGCAAACUUGAAGAAAAGACAUGGUCAAGUGGAUGAGUUGCAUAAGCUCUUCUGGAAGUGUGCUAGAUCUUAUAAUAAGUAUGUAUUCGACCGAAAUUUGGAGAAGAUGAAAUCAGUCAAAGUUGAAGCGUAUGAGGAAGUGAAAAGAAGUGUUAGCUCAAACUGGUCAAGAGCCUUUUUUAGCGAUCUUACAAAGUCACCUGUUGUUGAAAACAACAUUAGUGAAUCUUACAACGCUGUUUUGAAAGAUGUUAGAUUCAAACCAAUAAUUGGAUUGCUAGAGGAAAUUAGAAGGCAUGUGAUGGCAAGCAACCUUGUCAAGAUCAAGGAGAUUGAAAAAGCUAUUGGCCUCAUUACACCCAAGGCUUUAGCUAUCAUAGAGAAGCAGAAGAAGAGUCUCGUGUGGCAGGCGUUUGAUGUCAGUGGCAUCCCUUGUUGUCAUAUAAUGUCUGCAAUGUGGGUUGAGUAUAAGGAUACAAGACUAUCCGAGACUCUGGUUUCAGAUUGGUACUCCGUUGCGAAGUGGAAGCUUUGUUACGACUCGCUUAUUUUUCCUAUGAAUGAGAUGGAGAUGUGGGAGACACAUAAUAAGGUAGUUGUAAUGCCUCCUCUAGACAGGAUCAUGCCGGGAAGACCGAAACACAAUGAUAGAAUUCGUGAUCCAAGCGAAGGAAGAAGCCGUGAUCCAAUUCAACCCAAGACUUCUCAAACUGAGACUUCCCAAACCGAGACCACUCAACCCGAAGACUUGCAUGAGAAGAUAGUAAUGAAAUGCUCUAAAUGUGGACAAGCUGGCCGUAACAAACGAACAUGCAUAAAGGAGCCAAUCAAUCCGCCUAAUCCAGCUAAACAACCAUCAGAAUUUCCUUCUGUUCAUGCAAAUGUUGUUGUGACAUGUGGUAAUUGUCGCCAAACCGGUCACAACAAACGAAAAUGCAAGCUGCCUCCGGUUCCUAAGCCGCCUCCGUUACCACCAGGAAGACCUUCUAAGAAACCAAAGGUAGUGGGUGCACUCAACAAGACGACAGAUGCACUUGGCCAGACAGUAGAUGCACGUGACUAA